AUGAGUGCUGCUACUGCCACCGCUAUCGCUGCUCCUCCUCCCGUUGGGAUCUCCAAUCUCCCUAACCAACGCUACAAAAUUGUUAAUGAAGAAGGUGGCAUAUUCACCGUUAUGCUAUGUGGUGAAAGUGGAUUGGGUAAAACCACAUUUAUCAAUACAUUAUUUCAAACGGUUUUGAAAAGAGCAGAUGGCCAACAACACCGUCAAGAGCCCAUCAGAAAGACUGUGGAGAUUGAUAUCACGAGAGCUUUGCUAGAAGAAAAACAUUUCGAGCUACGCGUUAACGUCGUUGAUACUCCAGGUUUCGGGGAUAACGUGAAUAAUAACAAAGCUUGGCAACCAUUGGUGGAUUUCAUUGAUGACCAGCAUGAUUCUUACAUGCGUCAAGAACAGCAGCCAUAUCGUACCAAAAAAUUUGACUUAAGGGUCCAUGCCGUUCUUUACUUUAUCAGGCCCACUGGACACGGUUUAAAACCAAUUGAUAUCGAGACAAUGAAAAGGCUGUCUACCAGAGCCAAUUUGAUUCCAGUUAUUGCUAAAUCUGAUACUUUGACCGCUCAAGAAUUGCAACAAUUUAAGUCUAGGAUUAGACAGGUAAUAGAGGCACAAGAAAUUCGUAUUUUUACACCUCCGUUGGACGUUGACUCCAAAGAAGAUGCGAAAAGUGGUGUUAACCCAGAUUCGGCAGCAAUCGAACAUGCAAGACAAUUGAUAGAAGCAAUGCCAUUUGCCAUAGUGGGGUCUGAAAAAAAAUUCGACAAUGGGCAAGGUACUCAAGUUGUCGCUAGAAAGUAUCCAUGGGGGCUUGUAGAAAUUGAAAAUGAUUCUCAUUGUGAUUUUCGUAAGCUAAGAGCCUUGUUGCUAAGAACUUAUUUACUAGAUCUGAUCUCAACUACUCAAGAGAUGCAUUACGAAACAUACAGAAGAUUAAGACUGGAGGGUCAUGAAAAUACCGGAGAUGGAAAGGAAGAUUUCACGCUUCCAGCAAUCGCACCAGCAAGAAAAUUAUCACACAAUCCCAAAUACAAAGAAGAAGAAAAUGCAUUGAAGAAGUAUUUUACAGACCAAGUUAAAGCCGAAGAGCAAAGAUUCAGACAAUGGGAGCAGAAUAUUGUCAAUGAAAGAAUUAGAUUGAAUGGUGAUUUAGAGGAAAUUCAAGGUAAAGUUAAAAAACUGGAAGAACAGGUUAAAAGUUUACAGUUGAAAAAGUCACAUUUAAAAUGA